GACACGGAGCGUCCCGGAGCCAGGCGUCAGCAUGUGGCUCUGAUCCUGAGUACCACCCCAGCCCAACUGACUCUGGAUCCUGCAUGCCAGCCAGAGGUGACCCUGAGAUCCAACUGGCCAAGCUGAUCCUGGAUCCUACACACCAGCCAGAUCUGACCCUGAGCCCCAGGCUAGCUGAGUUGACCCUGGGUUCUGCAUGCCAUCCAGAGAUGACCCUCAGUCCUGGCUCAACUGAGCUGACCCUGGAUCCCGCACGCCAGCCAGAGGAGACCCCAGCCCCCAACCUGGCUGAGCUGACCCUGGAGCCUGUGCACUGCCGACCUGAGCUCCUGGAUGCCUGUGCCGACCUCAUCAAUGAGCAGUGGCCCCGCAGCCGCACCUCCCGCCUGCACUCCUUGGGCCAGUCCUCAGAUGCCUUCCCCCUCUGCUUGAUGCUGCUGAGCCCCCGUCCCACGCCAGAGGCAGCCCCCAUUGUGGUGGGCCAUGCCCGCCUGUCACGGGUGCUGGACCGGCCCCAGAGCCUCCUAGUGGAGACGGUGGUGGUGGCCCGAGCCUUGAGGGGCCGUGGCUUUGGCCGCCACCUCAUGGAGGGCCUCGAAGCCUUUGCUCAGGCCCGGGGCUUCCGCCGGCUACACCUCACCACCCAUGACCAGCUGCACUUUUACGCCCACCUGGGCUACCAGCUGGGUGAGCCUGUGCAGGGCCUGGUCUUCACCAGUCGGCGGCUGCCUGCCACCCUGCUCAAUGCCUUCCCCAGGGCCCCCUUUCCCCGGCCACCCUGCAAGGCCCCUAGCCUGACUGCCCAAGCUGCCCCAAGAGCCCCCAAGGGGUCAUCAUUGCCGCCACCCCCACCCCUGCCUGAGCCCUUGACCACCCUACCCCCACCUCCAGGAGGGCCCCCUCCACAAAGCCUGCUGGAGACUCAAUACCAAGACCUGAGAAGACGCCCCAUAUUCUGGAUGGAGAAAGACAUCUGAGGGCUACCCAGGGCAAGAUGCUGUCUUUCUGGGUCAGUUGACUGCCCAGGACAGUACCAGCCUCAGCCCACUGGCCAUCCCUCAGCUUCUAGCCCCUGAGGGCAGCUUCAGCCUAGGCAUGUUUCCUGAGUGCCAGUGGAGAUGGCGCCAUGGCUGUGGCUCAGAGCUCUCAGUGUGGCUGAAUAAAGGCUUCUGUUGGGUGUGGUUGUGACAGUGUAUUUGUUGACCCCCACCCUCA